AUGUCUGACGCAGCCAACAAAAAUAAACCUACCAAUAAAAAUAUCAACGCAGAUGGUGUUCAAAGUCAAAAUUUGGUUAAUGCUACAAAAGUGGAUGAUGUUGAUCAAAAACAUACUCAAGAGGGGAACGAAACAAAAGAACAACAAAAAGUUGAAAUAUCUUUGCUUAAUCAUCAAUUUAAAAGAACAAAAUACAAAUUAGCUAGAUUAAAUGAUGUUCCUCAUAAAGACAUUCAAGAAGCUGAAGGCUUGAAUUAUGACAUGAUCCAUUUUUAUGUUCCUGAUGAAGAACCAUAUUCAUUUGUACCUCCAAUUAAAACAAAAUCAGGAACUAUACCUAGAAAGGAUCUUAGCUGA